GUCACAGUCUGCAACUUCCCCUCCUCCCGCACCCGGCCGCUGACGACCACUACUCCUCCCGCCCUCCGGUGCCCCCCUUUCUGCCGCCGCCGCCGGCCCCUCUCCUCCCUCGACGGCGCCACCUCUUCUCCCCCAACUCCUAGGACCCGAACCCAGCCACUAGCUCGAGCCGCAACCUAGGUUCGCUCGCUCGAGCUCCCGCUGAUGACCACCGCGCCGUUCGUCUCCCCCUCCCUCUCCCGCCUACCCUCCGCGCGGGCCUCUCUUGCCCCCAAACCCUCGGCGAUUUCCGGUACCGCGGUCGCCUUUCCCGCUCGUCCUCACGGGUCGUCGCUUCGCCUGAGGUCGCCUGUCAUGGCUGCUGUCUCCGGUGUCGGCGGCAACGGCUCUCCGGCGGUGUCAGACGAUUUCGAAGUGUCGUCUAGGUUGGGAGAGGUCAAGAGGGUGACCAAGGAGACGAAUGUGCACGUGAAGAUCAACCUGGAUGGCACUGGUGUUGCCAACUGCAGCACAGGGAUACCGUUCCUAGAUCACAUGCUUGAUCAACUGGCAUCACAUGGUCUGUUUGACGUAUACGUGAAGGCGACAGGUGACACUCACAUUGAUGAUCAUCACUCAAAUGAGGAUAUUGCUUUGGCAAUUGGAACGGCACUACUUCAAGCACUUGGAGAUCGAAAAGGAAUUAACCGGUUUGGGCAUUUUACAGCACCACUUGAUGAGGCAGCAGUUGAGGUUAUACUGGAUCUAUCUGGUCGACCACAUUUGAGCUGUGGCUUAAGUAUUCCGACUGCACGAGUUGGCACAUACGAUACACAGCUAGUUGAGCACUUUUUCCAGUCCCUUGUUAAUACAUCUGGGAUGACACUUCACAUCCGUCAGCUUGCGGGAAACAACUCUCACCAUAUUAUAGAGGCAACUUUCAAAGCAUUUGCUAGGGCCCUUCGACAAGCAACAGAAUACGAUUUGCGCCGACAUGGUACCAUCCCCAGCUCAAAAGGUGUUUUGUCAAGGUCUUAGUGUUGCAAGUUCAGAAAUUGAUGCAUGCUACAAUUUCUUGAAACUUGGAACGAUAAAGAGGGAAUGGAUGGCCUACUACAGUCCCUUGUGCUUGGUACUCACACAGGGAUGGGAUUCAGCAGCAGUUCUCGGACAAUCACGUCAUCGAGAUGGCUCGCCCUUCUGGUCUGGGUUGGAUGUCUGUAUUGGAGUACCUGGAAUUUAAUUGGGCCCAAUAUCAAAUCAGCUUCUGUAUUGAAAUGGGCUCUAAUAUCAUCAGGGUUUAUUUAUCCUAAUAACAUCAGCUCGCUACUAUUCAGACAAAAAUAAAAGUGGUUUGCCAUUCUAAAAAACAGCGGUGCAAUCCCCGGAAGCGCUGCUGCUUGUAAGAAUCUUCAAAUGUGUGGAGUCAAUUCUCCCUAUGUGGUUUGUUGCCUGCUAAGCUGGACCAUUGAUCGGAUGUACGAGUAACAGGGAAAUCAUUGUUCGCGCUUGUA